UUAUUGUGAUGGUUGACUAUCUUCAUGACACAGUCAUGUAUAAACUUUAUCAAUCAGAGAAAUGAUGUCUCCGUCGAGAGUAAGGCUAAAUAUACCAGGGACUAAAUUCCAAAUAACUCGAAAACUUCUUGAAGCGCAUCCUCAUACAACGUUGGGGAAACUAAUUACUGAUGCAGAUGUUUCAAAAUCUGAGGAAUUUUAUUUUGAUAGACCUGCAACACCUUUUGAAUCUAUAUUGACAUUUUACCAAACAGGAAGGCUUCAUCUACCACAAAACAUAUGUCCAAAUGUUUUCAAAGGAGAGCUGGAAUAUUGGAAGAUAGACUAUAAACAACUAGACAGAUGCUGUUUGUUUAACUACAUACAAUUUCUGGACAGUAACAAAACUAAAUUAGACUUCCAGAACGCAAUUGAACCAGAAAUAGCAUGUUUAUCCUGUCCUCUAUCUACUAGAAAUCGUAUUUGGGGGAUACUAGAUUACAAAGAUAAAUCAUGGAUAGCAAAGCUAGUUUUGCUCAACGGUAUUUUGUUCGUUUUGCUGUCCUUGUUAACACUUGCGCUCAGUUCGUUGCCAAGAUACCGUCGCCCACUUACUACCUGUGAAUACUACGAAUACAGCUUAUCGAAAGAUAAAACAAACCCAGCGAUACUUAACUUUUUAGAGCAGCACGACUGUAACAAAUUGCAGGUAUCUGAAUCUGGAGACGAAUUUUAUUAUUACUACUACGACUAUAAUUAUUACUAUUAUGAUCAGGAUGACAAUACUACUGAACUUCCAUCAUUACCAACAUCGUCACAAAAUCCGGAUAAAACAAAAAAGCAAACAACAAUAAAAAUUGAGCCUUCAAAUGUUUCGCUCAAAUUAGACAUUUUCUACCAGAUAGAUUACUCAGCAACUGCCUUCUUCACUUUAGAACUCAUAUUGAGACUUAUGGUUUGUCAAGGUGUUUUUCUAUAUUAUAAAAACGUUUUGAACGUAAUCGAUACCAUUGUUUUACUCGGAACAUUUGUCGAUAUUGUCCUAUGGAACUUACAGUCAUCAUAUAAGUUUUCGUCCGAACUUACCAGUUUUAUUGAUUUUAUCAAGUUUCUUAGAGUUUUUCGCCUUUUGAAAUAUUACCAACAUUUCACUUACGUUCAAGUUGUAAAAUUUUCAAUAAAACGAAACGCUAAAGAUCUACUAAUAAUGUUAUUCCAUAUUGGAGCCUUUCUUUUGAUUUUUGCAAACAUUAUAUACCUAACAGAAGAUCGAGAUAAUAUAGAUAGCAUACCACAAGGAUGGUGGCUAGGACUUGUCACCUUGACUACGGUGGGUUAUGGAGAUUUGUCUCCAAAAACAUUUCUGGGAAAGAUAACCUGUAGUGUGUGUGCACUAUGUGGAAUUUUCAUGAUGUCAAUGAUCAUUCCAAUUUUUGUUGAUACAUUUGUAACUUUGUACGGAAUAGCUCAUGUAGAGAUCGCUGAAGAAAAGAAAGACCAAGAACAUACCAAUGUAUUUACUAAAGUGAAGUCGAUAACAACACUGAAUAUGACACAGACUUUUCAGGAAAGAGACAAGACUGUAAAAUGAAAUUUAACAAAUAUUUUGUAACAAGAACUUUGAAUUCUUAGAUAUUAGAAAUCUUAUAAUUAAUAUGCAUAUUUGUUAUGCUUUAACUAAACCUUUGGUUUUUUUUAUGGUAAGCUAGUUUCUCAGUUUGCCUUCUGUGUUUUACUUCCUUAAGCCCUUCAAAUACAAAAAAGUACUUUCUGUAUUUGGAGGGCCUAAGAUAGGCAAACAGUUACUGUGCUAUCAUAAGACCCUCCAGAGAUUUUCAACGAAUUUUAAUUUUGGCCUUUUUUUCAUAUCUAUAAUUGUGACCUUUGGCUUUCAAUUGCAAUUGUCAAAGGACUACUCACAUACAUGGAAAAGUUUAAUUCUAGUUGUCACAGAUUUAUGUAUUGAAACGGUUGUAGUUUCUUUUCUGAUUUUAGAUAAAUAAAGUCAAUGUA